AUGGCCAACAAAAAAGGGCAACAGGAAAUGGUCCAGGUUGCUCACAUGGCCUUUCUCUCCCUUUGGCAGACAAUUCAGAGUAGGCGCACCGAAUCGCCCUUCUGGGCCGGCCGAAGUACGUCCCUAAACCAGGGAUCUUCGAAGUUCUAUGGCUCAAAUACCGUUGUCGGCGCAUCAUAUUCACAUGGCAGCAUUGUACAACCUACCCCCCACGCACGCCCGAGAACACCGCCAAAGAUAUCAGCAGCAAGUCCCGGAUCGAAAUUGAGUCGCCAUCCAGCAAACGUGGUUGCAUCGCCUCCUCGGCAACCUUACCCCGGCAUUAUGACUGAGGGGGUCGACGAGUGGAGUCGUGACCCCACUGAGGAGGAGGAUGAAGAUGACGACGAUGAGAUUGUAUACGACGACGAUGAAGAUGAAUUCGGGCUUCCAAGUCUCGCUAGCAUGAGAAGGAAAAAAUCCGCGUCUUUGAAGUCCAAGAACGUUGAUUCCAGCGGUGGGGCAACUGGCAGCCUCUCGGCACUUGGAUAUGGAUUAGCAGCCAGCAACAGACAGCGGGCGAAUAGUGCGGACAUCGCGGAGGAGCGAGGUGCUCCGAUGUAUCCAACCGCUCACAAGAGCGAGGGAAAGAUUCUUCGGCCUCAAUACAAGGAUAUUCUACAAGACCCUGCCAAUGCUUUGAACCUCAUAAAUCACUCUCCACCCCCUACAGAUGCCUCACCGAAAGAGAGGGAUAUCCAUUCGAGUCACAUUACGCGAAUCAACAAGUUCAAGCGCAUCCUGCAGGCAAGCACCGUAUCUCCCACUGAGCUGCGGAAUCUCGCUUGGUCAGGCAUCCCGGAAGAAGUACGACCAAUGACGUGGCAACUUCUACUCGGUUACCUUCCUACAAAUAGUGAGCGACGUAUCUCCACUUUGGAACGAAAGCGCAAGGAAUACCUCGACGGAGUCCGACAAGCCUUUGAGCGAGGUAGUGGGGCAAGCUCUUCUAACCCACCUGCUACGACUAAGAGUCGCGGCAGAGGUCUUGACGAGGCGGUUUGGCACCAAAUCAGCAUUGAUGUUCCCCGCACCAGUCCUCACAUUCCGUUAUACGGCUAUGAAGCUACUCAGCGCUCUUUAGAACGCAUCCUUUAUGUUUGGGCCAUCCGACACCCAGCAAGCGGAUAUGUCCAAGGUAUUAAUGACCUGGUCACACCAUUCUGGCAAGUCUUCCUAGGCGUUUACAUCACCGAUCUGAACGUGGAAGAGGGCAUGGAUCCGGGCCAACUGCCUCGGAGUGUGUUAGAUGCAGUGGAGGCAGACACUUUCUGGUGUCUGACAAAACUGCUGGAUGGUAUCCAAGAUAACUACAUAUAUGCUCAGCCAGGCAUCCACCGACAGGUUAGGGCGCUACGUGACUUGACGAUGCGCAUCGAUGCAGCACUCGCCAAGCAUCUGGAGCAAGAAGGUGUGGAAUUUAUGCAAUUUAGUUUCCGAUGGAUGAACUGCUUGCUCAUGCGGGAAAUGAGCAUCAAAAACACGAUACGCAUGUGGGACACGUAUAUGGCUGAGGAGCAGGGCUUCUCUCGGUUCCACCUUUAUGUUUGUGCCGCAUUUUUAGUCAAGUGGACAGAUCGAUUGGUCAAGAUGGAUUUCCAGGAGGUUAUGAUGUUUCUUCAGGCAUUGCCUACGAAGGAUUGGACUGAGAAAGAUAUUGAGCUUUUACUCAGCGAAGCAUUUAUUUGGCAGAGCCUCUUUCAAGACUCGCGUGCUCAUCUCCGGCCUGCUGGUGAUGAACCUCCUGAAAAUGGUAUCUUUUAUUGA